UGUCUGUGGAAUUGAAUGUCAGAAAUGGAAUACAAAUGGCAGUCUGUGUUUGAAUGAGAAGCCUUUUUUGAAAACGCCAUGGAAAUCUUCAACCCAAAAACUCGAAGCAGAUUGCUUCUUCUGUUCUUCAUUUUGAUGCUUCACGUUGCUUCAUGCUUUGCAGAACCCAAUAAGGCUCCCGAGAGGCCCUCUUUUGGGAACUUCAUUCAAGAAACUGUCGCUAUUUUGAAGAAAUCCCAUCCCUCUCCAUGGGACAAGGUCAAAUGUCUCAUUCACCAAAUGCAGUUGCAGUUUUUCCCUCCUAAUUUAGAUUUUAGGAGUAGUGAUGAAGCAAAGGGCGUGGUUGAUGAAGUGAAAGAAGCAGUGGAGAAGAGCUUUGGAGCAAGCAAAGAUGCAGUUUCGGAAUCUGCUAAAUCUGCAGCAAAAGUGAUGGAGGAAGCAGUGGACAAGGUGAAAGAGAACCUGGUUGACAAGGACAAGGACAAGGACAAACAUUCUCAUGAUGAGCUUUGAUCAUCCCUCUCUGUCGAAGGAGAUCUUCCACUUUUCAACAACUUUCUAUCUCUUCCUUUUCUUUUCGAUCAGAAAUUUGCAUUCGAAGCUUUAUGAUUUAGAUUGUGAUAGAGAUCUUAACCAGAAAACGAUAUGAUAAAUAGGCUUCUUGUGACAGAUAAGGAUCAUUUUGUGCCUUACUACAGUCACUACCGUUCAGCAUGAAUGGAUGAAGUCCAUUUGCUUUUCUAUUUAUUCAAAGAAAUCUUUGAGGAAUGUUCAGGAGAGUAUCUAUUAA